AUCGAUCAAACUCAUCAAAAAGUCUAAUAUCACAAAGAAAGAGUUUAAUAUUCUAGCUUAAUUAGCUCAAAGUGUUUGCUUAAGAGAAGAAGAAGAUGGCGUCUUACCAGAACCGUCCAGGAGGUCAGGCCACUGACGAGUAUGGAAACCCGAUCCAGCAGUUGGACGAGUACGGAAACCCGAUGGGAGGCGGAGGAUACGGAACUGGUGGUGGUGUAGGAGCCACCGGUGGAGGAGGUUAUGGAACUGGUGGAGGAGCUACGGGUGGGACUGGUGGCCAAGGAUACGGCACCGGGACCGGGACUGAAGCCUUUGGAACUGGCGGAGGAGCUAGGCACCACGGCCAAGAGCAACUCCACAAGGAAAGUGGUGGUGGCUUGGGAGGAAUGCUUCACCGCUCUGGAUCUGGAUCCAGCUCUAGCUCGGAGGAUGAUGGACAAGGAGGCAGGAGGAAGAAGGGAAUAACACAAAAGAUCAAGGAGAAGUUGCCAGGUCAUCAUGACCAGUCUGGUCAAGCUCAAGGGAUGAGCGGCAUGGGAACCGGAACAACCGGAUAUGAUGCUGGUGGCUACGGCGGUGAGCGCCACGAGAAGAAGGGGAUGAUGGACAAGAUCAAGGAUAAGCUUCCCGGUGGUGGUGGCCGUUAAGCUUCCAACAAACAAACGUCUAUACAUAUUAAAUAAAAAUAAGGGUGGUGUGUAACGCAGUCGCAUUUGGUCGUUGUAUGUUGUGCUUUUUAUGUAUGUACGUCCUGCGAUGGGUUGUUGGCUUAUAUGAGUGUGUGAGACAGAGGAGUGUGUAAUGAGCAUCUGGCUCUUUUUUAUGUUCUGAGAUGUUUGUAUUAUGUAAUUUCGUAUCUAUAAAUUUACUUUUCUUCU